UCCAGUGAUCCCCGCAUUGCGCGAGCCAGUCCUGAAUUACGUUCACCCAAGAAAACAAAUAGUAGUCGAAUACCAAUAAUUUUUCAAGUCCAGUGAGUUGUCCUGUGGUUCAUCAAGAAGAAUUUCUCCAUCAGGAAAUUGAGUAACAUUCGAGGGAGCCCUCAGAGCCGGUGAACAAACUAUAAAUCAGAAAGAUGUCCAACUGGCAGCAGCCACCAAAUCCAGGAUACUAUCCAGGCCAACAAGGCUAUCCGUACCCACCGCAGCCAGGCUAUCCACCACCAGGAGGAGAGUUCAAUCAGGGAUAUCCACCACCUCCAGCCCCUGGCUUUGUUCCUCCCGGAGGUUACGGUCAAGGUCAACCACCCCCGCCCACCGCAGCUCCUUUCGGGGGGCCACCACCCGGCGCCGGAAUGUACGGUACUGGUUACGCUGAGGACCCCAUGCACGACGAGAUAAAGGGCUUCGACUUUUCCGAAAAGACCAUCAGAAAUGGUUUCAUCAGGAAAGUCUACUCCAUCCUCAUGGUCCAACUGUCGAUAACGGUUGCCAUGAUCGCGUGGUUCAUGUACCAUGCGCCCACGAGACGCUAUGUCCAGACCCAUCCUCCCCUGUUCUGGACCGCGUUUGCCCUGACGAUUGUCCUGAUCAUCUGCAUGGCGUGCUGCACCAAUGUCAGGCGCAAAGCCCCCAUGAAUUUUAUAUUUCUGUUCGUUUUUACUCUUGCUGAGGCAUUCCUGUUGGCGACUGCGUCGUCUACCUACGAUGCUGAAGCGGUUCUCAUGGCAGCAGGAAUCACAGCUGCUAUAUGCUUAGCUCUGACUCUAUUCGCGUUUCAAACUAAGUACGAUUUCACCGGCUGCCACACCGUCCUCUUCAUCGCACUGGUCGUCCUCAUGCUCUUCGGCCUGAUUGCCAUCUUCAUUCCUGGAAACAAAAUAGUGCAUCUCGUCUACGCGAGCCUAGGUGCACUCCUCUUCUCCUUCUACCUCAUCUACGAUACCCAGAUGAUGCUUGGAGGCAAGCACAAGUACUCGGUAUCCCCUGAGGAGUACAUCUUCGCAGCACUCAAUCUUUACCUCGAUGUUAUCAAUAUCUUCAUGUAUAUUCUCGCUAUAAUCGGCUCUUCACGCGAUUAAUAAGGAUCCUACGAUGGAAUUAUGAGGGAUGGAAUGUCGGGAUUCCAUAAUGCACUGACUGGAAGGAACAAGUGCGUUUAUUUAUCUCCAUUAGAAAAAAAAUUCAUGAAAAAACCUGGAUAAGUCGAUGGAAAAUUCUAUUGCGUUUCUGUUGAAGUUUCGUUGAAAAUUCCACUAGUUUUUGGGCGAUUCUAUUGAAGAAAUCAUCAGAUUUAUUCCACUUUUUUAUUGAAACAUGUCAAAUUGGAAUUAUUCUGUAGAAAAAGUCAGUAGCAUUUCUUUUUCACAACUUUAGCUGUUGACAUUUUUUAUAGGAAUUCCUUGACAUGAAUUUUUCAAGUUUUUCCACUCAAUUUUUUUCUUUUUCCAUUG